AUGUCACAGCAGGCCACAGGGGUACCGGUCAUGCCAAGAGCAGGGCAUGGCCAGACUAAGGCCAAAGCACUUCUAGGCACUGACAGGAAGAGGAUCCGCCUCAGCAGGACAAGGCAGGACCUAUGGGACGACACUAGCUGGAGUAAUCACAGAUCGAGCAGAGCCACCUCUGCCCCUCGAGGGACCAGAGCUAAGGGAACAGCUCAUGGCAGGAGCGAAGCCAGCCCUGAGAAUGCAGCUCGGGAGCGAACCCGGGUGAGGACGCUGCGCCAGGCCUUUUUGGCCCUGCAGGCUGCUCUGCCCGCUGUACCACCUGAUACUAAGCUUUCCAAGUUGGAUGUGCUGGUGCUGGCCACGAGCUACAUAGCCCACCUCACCCGGACCCUCGGCCAUGAGCUGCCUGGUCCUGCCUGGCCGCCCUUCCUGCGUGGUCUCCGGUACUUACACCCGCUCAAGAAGUGGCCCAUGCGAUCUCGUCUUUACGCAGGAGGCUUGGGAUGCUCCAGCCUUGAUUCCACUCCAGCCACUGCUGCCAGUCAGAGAACCAGGGAUGAAGAGGUGGGGGCCCAGGUCUCUGUGGCCACAGAUAUUCUCCUUCUCUCUGAUCCAGUAUCUCCAUCUCCUGGUAACAAAUGA